CGCAACAAAAAACAAAAUCUCCACAUUACAUGGAUUUCUCACGAUGAUGUAAGUCAGAUCAGAUUUAAUAGCUCAGUAAUGCGUGGAGGUCAUCUAAUGUUUUUUUUUUGAACAUGUCUCAACUCUAUCCCACGGUCUUACUUUGUGUUUAUGGAUUCUUCUCUAAUCUCCGUCCAUCUGAGCCUUUCUUAACGGCGUUUUUGAUGGGACCUGAUAAAAACCUUACGGAAACAGAGGUUGUAAAUGAGAUCUACCCGAUAUGGACCUAUUCCUAUCUUGUGCUGUUAUUUCCAGUCUUUCUGGCCACGGACUACCUCUGCUACAAGCCUGUGCUGAUCCUGCAGGCUUUGAGCUUUGUUGUGACCUAUGUGAUGCUAGUAAAGGCCCAGGGUGUGCUGGCUAUGCAGUUUCUGGAGUUUUUCUUCGGUCUUGCCACUGCCGCCGAUAUAGCCUAUUUCUCCUUCAUAUACAGUGUGGUUGAGCCAGCCCAGUAUCAGAGAGUGACUGGCUACUGUCGCAGUAUUACGUUACUGGGUUCUGCUGCCGGUUCUCUGACCGGGCAGCUCCUGGUGUCCGUGGCUCAGAUGCCGCUGUUCUAUCUCAGUGUCAUCACGCUGGUGUCUGCCAGCAUGGCUUUUGUCGCGCCUUGGUUUCUGCCCAUGCCCAGUAAGAGCUUGUUCUUCCAUAAGAGUCAGGGGACCAAGGGGGGACAGCUGGCACACCAGAACAGCAGGGCUCCCACUGAUGACGCGGAAGACCCUGAAAGCAAAGUGCCUCUGAAGAGCGAUGAGGUCCCCAUGGUUGUGAAUGCCGGUGAAUGUGGUGGCGCCAGUAGGUCAAGCAGCGGCCUGGUGGACGUGUUGAGAAUCCUGUGGGUUGAUUUCCUGCAGUGCUACUCAUGCCGUACCCUCUUGGCAUGGUCGGUGUGGUGGGCCCUCUCUACUUGUGGCUACUUCCAGGUGGUCAACUAUGCUCAGGCCCUCUGGGAAAAGGUCCUGCCCUCUCAGGAGUUUGAGAUCUACAAUGGCUAUGUGGAGACAAUCUCUACUUUGCUAGGUGCGUUUGCAGCCUUUGGCGUGGGCUCUGUCAAGGUGUCCUGGACAGUUUGGGGAGAACUGGCUCUUUGCAUCUUCUCAGUGGUCAUGGCUGUGGCAGUUUACCUCAUGGACACCAUCAGGAACAUAUGGGUCUGCUACACCUCCUACGUAGUCUUCAGAGCCACAUACAUGCUUCUCAUAACCAUUGCUACGUAUCAGAUCGCUUCCAACUUAAGUAUGCAGCGCUACGCUUUGGUGUUCGGUGUGAACACUUUCACUGCCCUGCUGCUCCAGACAGUCCUUACCAUUGUGGUGGUGGACACUGCUGGACUGGGCCUGGAUAUUUUCCCACAGUUCUUCAUUUACGCCGGCUACUUCGCUGUGAUCGCGGUGGUCUUCCUUAUGGCCGGGCUGUAUAAGCUCAUGGUGAGCCAAUCUCAAGCCAAGGCCAAGCCCCAGACUGACAGCGGGGAGAGUGAGUCGGACGGCUUUAGCAGGGACUCCCCUCCCCUUAACGAGCUACAGCAGAUCACAAGGACGUGACUGUUGGUUUGUGGGGCAAUACUACACGGUGAAACAUGCCAGGACCGGAAUUGAAAUGGAACUGACUCCAAAGCCGGUUAGAAUGCUAUGUGCCUGUUUCAUGGACAAAGUUUAAGAUCUUGGAUAAAGUAAAAAAAAAAAUCAAGGUCAAUGGAGAACUCCAUUGGGCUUGUUUUUCUUACUUUUGUUUUGUCGUAGUCUAGGCUAAAUCUUUGUCUGUGAAAUUGGCCUUGUGUUUUUGAUGUCUCAACUUGCUCUAGCAAAUCACAUUACGGGCCGGUUUCACAGACACAUAUUAAGCCUAGUCUAGGACUAAAACAACAAGCUUAAUGGAGUUUUCUAUUGAACUAGAUUUAAUUUUUUUCUAUACUAGGCUAAAUGCCUAGUGUCUGCGAAACCGGCCCUAGUGUUUGAUAGGAUAGCCUUAUGGGUUUAGUCCCUGUGUUGAGUUUGCCUAUAUUUAGGCAUGGUUUAUGAUUGUGACUUUCAGUUCAUUAUGGUACUCUCCGCCUACUUUACACUUUCCCUUUGUCACUUGAAAUUGCUGCCUUAAUGAUAAUGAAAGUGUCAACCAAAUCACUACUGAACCGUAUUGAUAAGCAAACGGUUACAUUGAUGGAACGCACAGCAUUUUACAAGAGCUAAUCCUGCUGGUCGGUAAUCAGUUGGAAAAGCAUGUCCUAUACAAUGUGCUGGUUGCACUCCCCCUGGGGAAGGACGGGAUAAAGGUUUCUGCCGAAUGCCAUGUAUUACUACGUGAAUUGUGCCAUUGUUAGCGAAACAUUGCACUUUUUUAAACUUGCCUAUUGAAUCAAAUGACAGCUUUAUCAGUUUUUUGAUCACCAAUGGGUUUGUUGGUCUCCAUUAAAGUGUUUCUGUAUCACAUAUCCAGAUACAAAACCAUUGAUACCCAUAUUCUACAUGGGUAAUGAAACAAAGACGCACAAUCAAAAUCAUUUGUUACAUUUUGAGUCUGUAUGUUGUAUUAUAUGCAGUGUUUCUGUAAUGAAUGUAGGCUUACCACUAAAGAACUGUUUAAGCUACUGGGGUUUUGAUUGAUGGGGGGG